AUGUCUGAAUACGACGACGUGCUCACCAAUCAGCCAGUGGUCAUAGACAAUGGAUCUGGGACUAUCAAGGCGGGGUUCGCAGGACAGGACCACCCUAAAUGCUUCUUUCCAUCCUUCGUCGGUCGGCCAAAGCACAUCAAAGUCAUGGCUGGCGCCUUGGAGGGCGACGUCUUCAUAGGCAGGAAGGCGCAAGAGUUUAGAGGAUUGUUGAAAAUCAAGUACCCUAUGGAACACGGCAUAGUGACAGACUGGGAUGACAUGGAACGCAUAUGGAAUUGGGUAUAUACAGAGGAACUGGGAACUCUAAGCGAAGAGCAUCCCGUCCUGCUCACCGAAGCACCUCUGAAUCCACGAAGUAAUCGAGAAACAGCCGCCCAGAUUUUCUUCGAGACGUUCAAUGUCCCCGCCCUCUUCUGCUCCGUUCAAGCGGUUCUAUCACUAUAUUCUUCGGGCCGAACAACAGGGAUUGUACUUGACUCUGGGGAUGGCGUCACUCACGCCGUUCCGGUCUUUGAAGGUUUCUCCAUGCCACAUGCCAUACGACGGAUUGAUAUUGCUGGAAGGGAUGUCACUGAUCAUCUACAAUUACUCCUCCGCAAAUCUGGACACCACCUACACACCACAGCUGAGCGGGAGGUCGUUCGAACCAUCAAGGAGAAGUGCUGUUAUGUUGCCCUCAAUCCUGCCAAGGAGGAGAAGGAUACCCAAAGCCGCUCUGAAGAUCUGAAGCUACCGGACGGGAAAGUCAUCCAGCUUGGUUCUGAGAGGUUCCGUGCACCUGAAAUUCUCUUCAAUCCAGAACUCAUAGGGCAAGAGUACGCUGGUGUUCACCAAGUGGUAGUCGAUUCAAUAAAUCGGGUCGAUCUUGAUCUACGGAAGAGUCUCUUCUCCAAUAUCGUAUUGAGCGGCGGAAGUACUCUGUGCAGAAACUUCGGAGAUCGACUGCUGAACGAAGUGAAGAAACUUGCGCUGAAAGAUGUCAAGAUAAGAAUUUAUGCACCGCCUGAACGUAAAUACUCGACAUGGAUCGGUGGAUCAAUUUUGGCUGGCUUGAAUACUUUCAAAAAGAUGUGGGUUUCCGCAGAAGAGUACCAAGAAGAUCCUGAUAUCAUCCACAAGAAGAUGGGCUUUUAG